GAAGAGAAAACAGGAAGCAUGCUCAGGAAGCUUCGCCUGUUUCUCUCAUUUUCCUUCCAGAAAAAGAAAAGGAUUAGAUAUCUAUUUAAGAUUUAAUAGGAUUAAGGGGUACGGAAAUCAGGCUGACCUCAGAGGCCGAAGGACGGCGACUCCAAGAGAAGACGGAAGAAGCUGUUUGAGGGGAAUUUAAGGUCCUGCAGAGUAACGACUUAAAUCCAAGGUCAUGGCAAAUCAUCUGAAGUUCAUUGCCAGGACUGUGAUGGUACAGGAAGGGAACGUGGAAGGUGCAUACAGGACCCUAAACAGAAUCCUCACCAUGGAUGGGCUGAUUGAGGACAUAAAGCGGCGGCGGUACUAUGAGAAGCCUUGCCGUCGGCGACAGAGGGAAAGCUAUGAAACCUGCCGGCGAAUCUACAACAUGGAAAUGGCUCGCAAGAUCAAUUUCUUGAUGCGAAAGAAUCGGGCAGAUCCAUGGCAGGGCUGCUGAGGCCUGUGAUGAGGAGGCCCAAUAUAAAAACCCUUAUUCAUUUGUCUCCACCUCUUUUCUUUCUACAACCCCAUUUUCUCUCACCUUUAUUACAUUAAACCCAAUCAUGUAUAUACAAGAA